UGACAACAAGCUGUCUCGUCAUCCUGGGAAUCUUCUUCAUUCAGCAUUCUCGUUCUGCGUUUGUCGAGUCUCGGCAUUCUCAGAGACAUAUCCUACGGUCUUAUGUCUGAUCCAACCCUAAGAAGACAACCGGCUAGUCCCAACGCAGUUGGUCACUCGCUUCUGCAUGACACCCCGUGGGAAUGCCUCGUCAUGUUAGCUCUCCUUCUGGCUGUCCUUGCUGUGGGUGCGGGCCUCGUGAUCUACGCGAUUUUUCUGAGGGACACCGAGAAGGAAUCUCGAACCGAGUCCCGUGCUAGCUUCGGUGACUUCCAUUUCUACGCUGCGUCUACAGAUGCUAUUCAGUGUGCACCGGUCACAAGAUUCAUCAUUGAACGCAACGGAUCCGUGACCGACGCUGCUAUCGCCACACUACUUUGUGCCUGCGUAGUGCUACCACACUCCGUCGGGAUUGGCGGAGGGUUUGUUGCCCUCAUCUACGACAAGACCAAGAACACGACGUACACGCUGGAUGCAAGGGAAGUGGCACCACUAGCCUCCAAUAGAGACAUGUUCAUACAGAAUACAGAUGAAGCCUCAGUAGGUGGACGCGCUGUGGCAGUUCCUGGCCUCAUUGAUGGACUUGGCAAGCUGCAUCAGCGCUUCGGUAGGCUACCGUGGGGGGAGCUCUUCACUCCUGCCAUCAAUCUUGCUCGUUACGGCUUCCCUGUUGGACCCGACCUAAGUGGUGCGCUGGCAUCAGCACGAGCCAUGUUUGAAACGAACGUGCACAUCAAGAAUGUCUUCUGGAACAACGUGUCGAAUACUCAAUACAAGGAAGGAGAAAUCAUCAAGCAACCACUCCUUGCAGAAACCUUGCAAGCGAUCGGAAACUCUACUUCUGAGGCAUUCUACGACAGCGACCUAUCAGACAGCUUCGUCAGGGACAUCAAACUAAUGGGUGGCAUCAUAAGUAAGGAAGACUUGCGGCGUUAUGAGUCCAGAUGGAGGCAGCCAGCAACCGUGGAGCUUCAGGACGGUUCAAAGCUCUACAGUUCCCCGUCCCCUAGCAGUGGGCCAAUACUACUUUACAUCGCCGCCAUGAUGGGCCACAUGAAAUCGGCUGACUCGAGCAGCCUCCUCUACCACCGUAUGGUCGAAAUAUUCAAGUACGCCUACGCCAAGAUAAACGAGAUGGCCGACGAGGACUUCGCGGACAUAACUCGGCUUGUCAACAACAUGAUCUCGCCGGAAAAUGUCAAAAGAACGCUUAAUCUUAUCGAUGACAACAGGACGUACGACGAUCCCAAACAUUAUGGUCUGCAAAAGUUGGGAAGGAUUCAGUACGGUUCGUCGCACUUCUCUUUUCUCAGUCCCAACGGCGAUGCCAUAUCGCUCACUAGCUCCUUGGGUGAACAUUUUGGAGCACGGUGCAUGGCAACAUCCGUAGGGGUCAUUCUUAACAACCACAUGUCCGAGUUCACACUGCCGAGACCACAGCCACCCGUUGUGGGCUAUACUCCGAACGAGAACAACUACAUCGUCCCUGGGAAGAGACCAGUGACAACCAUGGCCCCCUGUAUACUCGUAGAUAAGAGGGGAGACGUGGCCCUUGUGCUUGGAGCAUCUGGAGGAUCCAGAAUAGCAAGCUCAUCUUCAUUUGUUAUACAUAACAUACUCUGGAGGGAUAUGUCUCUAGGGGAAGCAAUCGAAGCCCCCCGGUUGCAUCAUCAGCUGCUGCCAAACUACAUUGUAUACGAGAAGCACUUUCCCGAGGACAUUCUAGAGGAUCUGAAGAAAAAAGGCCACGUCUUGAAGGCAAUCGACCAUCGGCCCGCUUCCGUGAACGCGGUCUCUCGAGCAAAAAAUCGCAUUAUAUACGCAGCAGCCGACUUUCGCAAGGGGGGUAUAGUUGAUGGAUACUAAUCUUGCAUUAAAACUGUACUUCAAAUCAAAUUGUUGCGCGCUGAUAUUGGACUUGGCGAGUAAUCUGUACAUUUCGAUGCAAGUUGUGAGGCUCUGGAGACACGACAGACAAGCUAAGCACAACAGAGCACAGCAGAAAGUUCGAAUUGAAUGUGUAACAUAACUAAAGAAGCACUUAAGACACUAAAGAAGCGCUUCUUCGGUU